AUGUCUUUUCUAACGGAAUAUUUUGACGAAUAUCGACAACAUCCCAUUCGGAAAACUAAAAUAUGUCGUCCAGAAGACAGAUGGGCGAAACUGGAAGGGAAAUGGUUAGAUCCAAAAACGGGCUCGGAAGAUAAAGCAUGGACGGACGAAGAAAUAGAGCAAUUUAUCAAAUCAACUAUGAGGAGUUUACGCGGACAGUCUACGUACUACAACGAUUAUUGUGCGCAUCUCUCGCCUGAAUUCAAAACAAGGCCCUUUAAACCUCGCGAUAAAAAGCAACCUCUAUGUAAGUCUGAAGGUGUAAAGGAAGAAGAGGCUCCAUUACCACCAGCCCCGAAGCUGGCCAUCAAAGACACUGAACUCAUGAAAGUGGCGAGAGAAUUAUACGAGAGAGAUAUGGAUAAGCCCACACUGGAACCUCUUCCUACACAUUUGAGGCGU